AUGCCUCUGCUCAGGGUCAAGACGCUGUUCCCCCUGGUCGCCAUCCUCUCCAUCGGCUUCUUCUUCUGGAUCGUCGACCGAUACGACCGUGCUGCCUUGUCGAAUUUGAAGAAGCCCAUCGAGCAACUACAAAACACCGCCAGCGCCGCCGUCUCUAGCCCCAAUACUAAUACUAAUAACAAUAACAAUAUCAACAUUAACAAUCAAAAGCCUGCCAUACAGCAACUGCCCACCCAGUCCUUCGGCACCUGUGAAUUUGAUCCCGCCUCUGCUCCUCCUCUCGCAUUCUCCGAAUGGCUCCAGCGCAAGAACUUCACCCGCUCCUACAUCCGUCCCCAUCACGUUAGCGGUCAAACCGAGUUCCGUACCUUGGAAGAGAUCAAAUCCCCUGUUCUACCUCCCUUCCACUCGCUGGAACGUGGCUUGGUUAGCUCCGAGAACCAGGGCGGCCUGCCCUGCCCGCCCGUGAUUGAUGUCGAUGUUGCCAUCGACCACGAUGUCGAAGAGACUUCCAAAAUGCUGUUCGGUCUGGCGACCACCGUUGACCGUCUCGAGCGUCUGUUGCCCUCCCUCCUAUACUCUUUUGGCGACUCCAAGGCCGGAGUUUUAGUCCUGGUGCCUGAAUCAGACGACGAUCUCACCAAGCAGGAAGCCUACUUCCGCUCUCGCGGAUUGGACGUGACCUUGGAAGCUUCCCCCUUGGAAUUCACAGCUCGUUAUUUCGGUCUAGUCGAAGCCUUCACUGUCCACAUUCAAUCCAAGCGCCCACAAACCACGUGGGUUUCUUUCAUCGAUGACGACACUUUCUUUCCCUCUGUUGCCUCAGUUGCGGCACACCUGAAGGAGCUUGAUGCCACGCAGAAAUAUUACAUUGGAGCUCUGUCUGAAGCAAGCUGGCAAGUCGACACCUGGGGGCACAUGGCUUUCGGCGGUGCCGGAGUUUUUGUUUCCAAGCCCCUCUUGGAAGACCUGAUGGCCAACUACGACGAGUGCCAGUCUUGGGGCGAACAGCCAGGUGACCAGAAGCUAGGCCAGUGCAUCGAGCGAUUCGGACACUCCUCCCUCACCACGUGGCCUUCGCUUUAUCAGAUGGACUUAACUGGAGCUCCUGAUGGUGUUUUUGAGUCGGGUCGCAGAAUUGACACCCUGCACCACUGGAGCAGUUGGUACACAAAGGAUGUCGUCAAGAUGAGCGCCGUGGCUGCUGCUGCUGGUAAGAGAUCCGUUUUGCGUCGCUGGAUUUUCGAUCAACAAACCAGCAUCGAUACUACAACCGGACAGUCCGUCCGUACUUUCUGGGUGCUUACCAAUGGAUAUUCCAUUGUCAAGUAUACCUUGGCUUCGAAUGCUCCAGAAAAUGCCAUCAAUUUCGACGAGUGUGAGAAGACCUGGGAGGAGGACAUCAGUGGUUACAUCCAGAGCUUAGGGCCGCUGCGCCCAAAGGAGCAAGAAGGUGUUACCAAGGAGCGUUGGUUAUUGUCCGAUGCUGUUGCGGUCGGCGACAACAUCCAUCAACUGUAUUCGCGAGAGGAAGAUGAGAGCCACAGCCUUAUCGAACUUGUUUGGCUCGGUCCCAAGAGUAGCGGCGGCGCUGGGGUUUCCAAUCCUCCGGAAGCUCACUAA